AUGGGUACCGAUAUUUUAACUACAAUUGAACCAUCUUACUCUUCUACCAACCUAUUGGUAGCCAAUAAAGAAUGGGCAGACUCAAUGAAAACUAACAAUCCUGCUAUGUUUACACCAUUCGCCACUACAAACCAUACACCUCAUACUUUAUUUUUUGGUUGUUCUGACGCUCGUUACAACGAAAGUUGUCUAGGUUAUGCCACUGGAGAGGUCUUCACAUUUAAAACCAUUGCUAAUAUCGUCCUUGAAAAUGAUUUGUCUGCACAAUCUGCCUUAGAAUAUGCUGUGAAUGUAUUGAACGUUAAACAAAUUGUCAUUUGUGGUCAUACUGAUUGUGGUGGUAUUAAUACAUGUCUAUUAAACAGAAGAAACGGACUAAAGGAUUCAAGUUGUUCUCAUUUAUACAGUUACUUACAAGAUAUUGAAGAUCUUCGUGAUGACUUUGAUGGUCCUUCUCUACAUAAAGAUAUUAGUAUUACUAAACAAGCUAAAUUAUUAGCUUAUAGAAACGUAAGAAAACAAGCUCAAAAAAUCGGUGAGAAAGAUUUCAUUAAGAAGGCUAUGCAAGACGGUGGUUUAAGAAUUCAUGGAUUACUUUAUAAUCUAGAUAGUGGUCUUCUAGAGAAAGUUGAAAUCCGUUAA